CUCAGAAAGCGAGUAAGUGCCUGUAUCACAGCUAUACGUUAUUGAGCACCAGCUCUGCCGAGAUGAUCAACAUUUGAGUGGUGUUGAUGACUUGUGGGAAGUGCACCUUUCAUUCGGUUCCGCAGGUGCUGAUCAAGACUCUUGGCCUGUCACUAAUUGAGGGGCCGCGAUCCACGGAUCCACCCAAUAUACUGUACAGAAACUUCGGCGCCGUACUGUACUGUAGGAUAUAAUAAUCCACUUGCACGGCCUCAAUCGUGAGGUAAAGCCCUCGCCCCCAAAACAAAGGUAAUUAACCGGCGCAGGUCUAACGAAAAGGGAUUCCAACACCGGACCAGACCCUGGCGAUGUGAGAUGGCGGCGAGGCCGUGGCUGCAUACCUCAGUGACAAGGGGCUUUGGAAUAACCCGUAGUUGUUGGUAUUGCGGAUAUAACAGGAACGGGUGGUCUGCUAAAAAAGGCCAUCUAAUUAACCCAAGACGCAGAUCUUCCCUCCAUAGGAUGUCAGGCUCAAAAUUAGCAACCGGCAGUUUCCUAGCCAAUAUAUCUACUCCUCCUAGCUUAUGCGGGUGGGAUGCAGACGGGACGGGUUCGCAUUUUGUUGGUGCCGGAGGCGGGUGAGAAUUGAGCUAGAGGUAAGUGUAUGAGUGGCCUAGGUUCCCAGACUCUAUCCCCACUGUCUAUGAUUUUAGCAAUCUCGAAGGAUCGAAGGAUCGAAGGAUCGAGUAGCUGAAAUUAAGCAAUGUUUUAUAAGUACUUUAAUAUACAGUACGACUAAGCGUUGCUUCACAAUCCACCAAUCCCUUGCCUGCGGCGAAGAAGGUGGCGCUUUUCGAUACGCAGCUAGAGGGAAAUACUUUGACCACAGCUAGGACGAGAGGCAUACAUAAUUUGCAUCCACGUCCGUCUAAGUAAGUCCUCGAACUUCCUCAAACAAACAGUCUUUCCCGUUUCCUAUGUCAUUGCCAAGCUCACACUAAGAUGGUGUUUGCCCACUGGACCUUAGCGGUCCUGCUCGCGACAAGUCUUACUCAAGCCUCAUGGAUUCCCACAAGGAACCGGCAGCAACAUGCAGAGCGUGACGUUGUCAUAUCUGCCAACACUGACACCUCCGUCGAAGUCCAUCUCUCUGACUUUGCCACGCUAGAGGAACUUGCGGAGGAACUUAUUAUCGAUUUCAGAUGUCUCCUGGACGCCAACCCGCUGCUAUCGACUCUCCAUCCUGGAGACCAUUGCAUUGUUCCCUAUAGCUGCUGCGGCACCAGCUGCAAGGGCAAGUUUUGUAGCGAACGCCCUGAAUGCCAGGGUCACUCGACUUCAUCGCAUGCUCCGGUAGUGACAACUGUACACACAACUAUUACGAAGACUACUUGUGUCACAUCCGUCACUAGCAGCAUUCCAACAACACAGUCUACCUCAAAUGACACUGCAGUCGUCCCUCCGCCAAGCAGCAGCAGUCUGCCCUCAAGCUCGUCCGCCACCACCCCUGAUUCUCCCACAAUACCUGGAAUUGUUACAACGACCAAUUCUCUCGGACAGACCGUAAUUUCGGAUAGUUCAGGAGCCGUUACGCUUCCUACAGGCAUCUCUACUGCUAGCGUUAUUACCUUGCCCGAUGGUUCUGUUGUCACCUUUCAAACAUCUACUACUGCUCCUGGGUCUUCGUCCCCGCCUACAACUAUCCCUGGUGUCGUUACCACGACAAACUCCCUCGGGCAAACAGUGAUUUCGGAUACUUCAGGGGCCGUUACUCUUCCUAGCGAUAUCUCUACUGCUAGCGUUGUCACCUUGCCGGAUAGCUCUGUCGUUACCUUCCAACCUACCACGGAAGCAACUGGCUCAUCAAGCUUGCCUGGCAUUCUCACUACGACAGAUACUGCAGGAGAGACCGUGAUAUCAAGCUCCGGCGAGCAGUUUACAAUUCCUACGGCGGUCACCACACCAAUUACGCUUACCAAUGGUGAUGGCUCUAUUUUUACAUUUUUGCCGACCGUCUCCCCCCCACCAGACAGUUCAAGCCAAAUCUCAUCGUCAGGCCCUACUGAGAUUAUCACUACAACGGAUCCUGCCGGUGAGACCGUGAUAUCAAGCUCCGGAGAGGAAUUUACAAUCCCUCCGGCGGUCACUACACCAAUCACCGUUACAAAUGGUGAUGGCUCUAUUUUUACAUUCUUGCCGACCGUAUCUCCGCCACCAGACAGCUCAAGCCCAGUUUCGUCAAGCCCUCCUGAUGCUAUCACCACAACGGAUCCUGCCGGUGAGACUGUAAUUUCAAGCUCCGGGGAGGAAUUUACAAUCCCUCCAGCAGUCACUACACCAACCACCGUUACAAAUGGUGAUGGCUCUAUUUUUACAUUCUUGCCGACCGUAUCUCCGCCACCAGACAGCUCAAGCCCAGUUUCGUCAAGCCCUCCUGAUGCUAUUACUACAACGGAUCCUGCCGGUGAGACUGUAAUUUCAAGCGCCGGAGAAGAAUUUACAAUCCCUCCGGCGGUCACUACACCAAUCACCGUUACAAAUGGAGAUGGAUCUGAGUUCACUUUCUCCCCAACAGCUCCGCCGAGCUCGAGCAGCACACCAUCGACGACAAUACCGGUCGGCGUAAUCUUUCCCGUUACCACAACUGUGGACGCACCUAAGGCGACCGAUGGUGGAACUGUAAUACCAUGCAACCUCUGGUUCUUCAACAUAUGCAUUCGCUUUGGGAAAAUUGACAUCGGUGGCUGGCUAUUCAACUUGCCCGAAGGUAUUCGCCCUCCUGGUCCGCCACCAGGGAUUACCUUCCCCCCAUCGCUUUCCAUCUCGAUUGGCAUCAGCGGCACACUACCUCCCUGGCCAGCGAUUACUAUCGGUCCCGAUAAGUUACCAACAUAUGAGCCAAAGCCAAGCGAUGGACCUGAUGAUGGUUGCAAGACUGAGUCGGCUGAGAUUUGCUUAACUAGUACAUCUUUCGAAGUUGACACUGCUACUGUUACCACCGCCUCCUCGGUGAUUUCAACGUGUGUCACUGUAUUCGGUUGUGAUGUUACAGACAGCGCGACCUCAACCGCGGCUACUUCAACUGCAUCAAGUUCAGAGUACCCGUACUCUUGCACCCCUGGUUGUGAGGCUUGCGUGGCUAAACGUCAAGUCGCAACUGCUACAGCAGCGCCUUCCCUGCCAACGACAGACACAAAGAAGGCAAAGGACCUAUUUUCCUAUGCUCAAAACUUAACUUUGGCCGAGCGUGAUAUUCCAAAUAGAGCAGACGCCGAUGUUAUUUCUGAAUAUUAUGACAUGAUCAAUAACGUGCCGGGUAGGGUUCUGAUCACUGAAGACAACAUGGGCCAGUUAGGAAUCUCGAGUUCUCGGUUUGAAUACUUUGACAACUCCGAGCACACUAUCUAUCUCAGAAGCUUGAGAGGCUGCACUUCCGUCAUAGUGGUGUCCCGGCUUGGUGUAUAUCUCAGCCACCUCUGGGAGCCAAGCUUCAGCCUGGAUGUCACGGCCGAUUUUCAGACGGGUGUAAUCGAUUACCUAAACACUGGUCGUCAACCUGAUCAAACCGGCGGUGUAACUGAGGACGGCGUUACCGAGGCACUUGGAGCUCUCGUACAGGGCGGUGUUUUUGGUGACGUUGCGACCACGAAGAUUUUCAUAAUGACACCAGCGACCUAUGAUCUUGAUCUGGAUCUAGAAAAAACUCCCAACGCGGAUCAGCGAGCCAGUCUUAAUAACGGAGACUUCCAACCUCUCUUCGAUGGUACAACUGUGGUUUCGGGUCAGACGAUUCCAGACAGACUCACCCCACUCAAAGCAGAAUUGGGACAACUAAUGCCCGGUGUGCCAAUUUCGCAAUUCACCUACAGGAGGCAGACCGACGAUGAUCGUCUGAAGAAUGAUGGCUACGGCAAAGCAACGGUCGUAUACAGCAACGAUCAAAAGAUAGACCCGGAUACAUUCGAAGACAUCGGCCCUCCUCAGCAGGCUAUUUGGCAGUGCUGGAUUCAGGGCAAAAUGAUGGAUACUGACCGAUGGGACGCUUUACCAGGUCAAACCGGCUCAUGUUCCGCUAACCAAAAGCGCCAAAAUGGUGGUCAGUGUAGCUCCCCAACGGCAUCCUCUGGCGCAUCGACAUCGGCACCUACAAACUCACCGACCACGGCACCCACCCCGAGUACCGUGAUAAUUACACCUACAGGAACCGAGGCUUCUAGCCCCCCACCGACUGACCUGCCGACGCUUACCACGGCUCAAAGUACACCAGCCGGUGAAACCUGUGUAUCGACCGCCACUUCGACUCAGUGCGCUCUCGGACCUCACGCAGAUCAAACGGCUUGUGUUACGAGUACAUACUGUGCGUCCUUUGCACCUACAGAAACCACGCCAACCUCAACUGCUGAGCCUACGCCUACGGGUCAGGUAUAUGUCGACAUAUUCACUGAUUCCGAUUGCAUCAAUGUCCUCGAGCAAAUUACCCUAAAUUUCAUAGGCGAUUGUUACACACCCAAAGACAAGGAUGGCCACCCAAUAACAUUCGAAUGCUUUUCACUCACCUACAUCAGUCCGGCAGCUGAAAACUCCGCUAGUCUGACUGCCAUUAAGGGUGCUGGCUGCUUCUCUCAAUUUGACAGUGACAGACAAGUAUAUCCUGACUUAAUGGCCAUCCAAUAUGACGACGAAAAGCCAUUCACAAUGGGGUCUAUAAGCCUAGAUGGCAAGUAACUUUCAAGAAUAGAAGCUCUAGUGGGACACAUCAUAUAGGGGAAUGUAUUUCGAAUCGUUACUUCUACCGAGCGAGAAAUCCGGCAUCUACUUUCCCGCAACUAUGAUGGAACGGAUACUAUAUACACGGAUAUCGUGGCUUUACUUUAUAAAUACCUUCUCUUCUAAAAAUGUCGUAGUUUAUAAUCCAUAGUCUUAAUUAUAGACUAAUAUUACCUGUCUUUAAG